AUGACACUUAUACCUUCUAAGCCUUGGGAAGAGAUCUCUAAGGCCAAGAGAGAUGCUCGUGAUGCUCUUAUCCCUAAAGAGUGGCUUAUCCCAUCAACAGAUGCUCUGAAUGUUAUUGACAUUCCUCGAACUUGUGGUGUGUUGACUCCAAAAGAAGUUGAAAUAACAGAAUUAGAAGCUCCUGUCUUGGUGGAGAAGAUGAUCAAAGGAGAACUGAAAUGUUAUGAUGUCACAUUGGCUUUUUGCAAAAGAGCUUCUAUAGCUCAACAACUCACAAAUUGUCUCACUGAGAUCUUCUUCACUGCCGCAUUGGCCAAUGCGAAGGCUAUCGACGAAGAGUUUGCCAGGACGGGUACACCGCGAGGUCCAUUGCAUGGUUUGCCAGUAUCUCUGAAGGAUAAUUUUUAUGUCGAAGGAGUAGAUACCACAGUAGGAUUCGUAGCUUGGGCAAACGAUUCUGCUCCCAAGGAAAAAGAGAGUGAGAUGACCAAGAUGAUGAGGGACUGUGGAGCGGUCCUAUUCUGUAAAACGAAUGUUCCUACCGCAAUGAUGAUAGCGGAGACAUAUAACAAUGUCUGGGGAUAUACUUGUAAUCCAUAUAACAGGAAUUGCUCAUCAGGCGGUUCUUCGGGUGGUGAAAGUGCUUUAUUAGCUAUGAAAGGCUCGCCACUAGGCGUAGGAACUGAUAUCGGAGGAUCUAUUCGUAUCCCAGCAUCGUUCUGUGGAUUAUAUUCUCUGAAACCAUCAUUUGGUCGAUUCCCGACAUACGGCGCGAGAUCAGGUCUUCCAGGACAGGAAGCUAUCAGAUCGAUCAAUGGUCCAAUGUCAACUUCUUUGGAAGGAACAGAAUUAUGGGCUAAAAGUGUAGUUGAAAAAGAACCCUGGUACAGAGAUCCUAAUAUGCUGCCUAUACCGUGGAGAAACGUAGAGGUGCCGGAUAAAUUAUGCUUUGGCCUUAUUAUGGAUAAUGGAAUCGUCAAACCUACACCUCCUGUUACUCGAGCAUUAUUGGAAACUAAGAAAGCACUUGAAGCUGUUGGACAUAAAGUGAUUGAGUAUUCACCAUAUAAACCCGACGAGGCCAAUUCAAUCGUGAACAGGUUUUUCCAAGGAGAUGGAGGAGUCAAGAUCGCUCAGUACAUUUCAGCAUCAGGUGAAACUUAUCCAGAAGGUUUAUCAGCUUAUAAAUCAAGAUAUGAAUCAAUGAAAUCAUCUCCUCCGUUAGUAGGAUCAUUGUGGGAUAUACAAUCUGAUCGAACUGCUUACUGCAAGAAAGUCUUAGAAGAUUGGUUGAGUAGUAAAGAAGUUACUGGAACUGGAAGACCUUUUGACGCUAUUAUAAGUCCUGUCACACAACAUUCUGCUUGUCCAAAAAUGGCAUUUAACGAUCAUGUGGCAUAUACUUCGAUGUGGAACAUCACAGAUUAUUCAGCAACGACAUUCCCAGUCAGCAAAGUAGAUCCAUCUAUAGACUCAAAACCAACUUAUGAAACAAGAAACGAAGUUGAAAAGAAGAUCUGGGACAGAUAUGACGCUGAAGAAAUCACAGGUGCACCUGUCUCUUUACAAUUGGUUUGUCAAAGAUUAGAAGAGGAGAAAGCAUUGAAAUUGACUGCAAUUGUAGCUGAAGCUUUGAAAUCUGCUUAA